AUGUCGCAGUCAGGAUCCCUUCAAGUAAACGUAAACCAAACUCCUACCACCACCGACGCCCAGCCUGUGGAAGAAAGCUCAAAUCGAAACAAGAAGCCCGUGCGAAGCUACAUCGCGUGCCGGAAAUGCCACGCCCAAAAGGUGAAAUGCAGUGGAGAGACGCCGUGCAGGAACUGUAAGGUGUCGAAGAACCCAGUGGAAUGCAUAUAUCCAGUUCGCGAUAAGAAGAUUGCAGUUUCUGAAAGAUAUCUACGAACACUUGAAGGCCAGAGCCGGGCACUGAAGCGUGGAGCAUCGGAAGCAUCGCCAGAGAAUGUUCCUAAUGUUCUUCAUGAGCAGUCACUUGUACCACCAGAAGCCCCACGUCCGCGAAAACGAACGGCAGCAGCGGCCUCACUCACGCCAGACGCUAACAUUCCAAGUCCCCUGGAACAGAGCUCUGUAGUUGAGGAGGAAAGAGAACCUCUCCCAGAUGAGGCAAGUAUUCAGCCAACUUAUGUCGGCGAAGCUGCUUGUACAACCUUUGGCGGGAGACUUCGCCAAUUCCUCGUUGGCGAAGAUAGCCCCGUUGUCCCCCGACGACCCAAGUACUAUAAGCACGCAAGAAUGCUUCGAGCGUCGCGCACAGAUUGUCAGUUACCAAACCGCAGCGAUGCUCAGCUCUUGGUCAGGGUCGUUCUCCGAUUCAUCGGCGCUGAUUAUCAUCUCUUGCGAAGGAGAUCCUUUCUAGAGAGGCUUGAUGAGACAUACAGACUUGAUGUCCUGAAUGAUCCUAUCUGGCUGUGUAGGCUGUUUACUGUUUUUGCCCUUGGGGAAAUCUACACAGUACGAUCUUCGAAGCCAAAAGGUGUCCCGGGAAUCUCGUUCUUCUUGAAGGCUUUGGAAUACUUCCAAGAUCUUUAUGAAGAGCCGACCGUGGAAUACAUAGAGACCCUUGUUUUGCUUGCAUUUUACUCCACUACUCUUAACAGAAGAAAUACGGCUUAUACCUAUAUUGGCCUUGCGCUACGAUUAUCAAUAAUGCUUGGGUUGCACAGGAAGAUUCCAGCUAACAGCUCUCUCAGCCCCGCGGAAAGAGAGCACCGGAUUCGCGUAUGGUGGACUGUCUAUACGCUGGAUCGUUUAAUGAGCUCUAAAGUUGGACUCCCAACAAUGAUUCAGGAUACCGAGAUCGACGCCCAAAUACCAUCAAUGAACGGUCUAACACAGCAUGAUAUGGAAGACUUCUACAAUCCGGCGCAUCUUGUGGCACAGAUAACUCUGUCAAGGAUAACGGGAAAUGUGCUUGGCAACAUCUAUCACAUUCCGCAAGCAGAUCGUACCAACACCUUUGUAAGAGGAGUGCAAACAACUUUAACAAGUCUCAGGAACUUCCAUGAAGGACUACCACCCAUUUUGAGAUUGGACCCCAACAAUUCGCCAAUGUAUCUCAACAGAUCUGUUGCAUCCUUGCAUCUGCACUUUAACCAGUGUGUCAUUCUAACCACACGGCCAAUUCUUUUCUAUCUGUUUCGACAAAAGUUUGCUCGAACCUCAAAUUCAUCGGAAGACUCACGACCUUCAUCCCACAUGACGACAGUUCUUGCCGAAGCUUGCGUACAGACAGCGCGGAAAUCGAACAGAAUCUUGUCUCAACUAUGGGUAGAUGGCUGUCUCGCGAUGUACGGCUUCUACGACGCCUUGUCGAUAUUCUCAUCCACUCUUGUGCUCAUGAUUUCCGCUGCCAUGGAAGAUCCCGAUGCAUAUGCUACUAAUGAUGAUGAUGGAAUUGGCGUUGCUUGGAGUCUGUUGAGGUCUAUGAGAGAUGACGGAAAUGUACCUGCAAGUGAUUACUAUGAGCAGCUGGCCCAAAUAGAAGAGGAUCUCAAGGACGCCUGUGUGAGAAGGAGGAAACGGCCUGAAAUACUUCCGCCGCCGCCGCCGAAUACCAAUAAUGCGCAUGGGCUGCAUUUGUUGUUGGCGGCUAGUGGGACAGACAACCACCAGGUACCGCAGAUUCCAAGUGAUAGUGCUCAGCAUGGAAGUAUAGCGAUACCGCCUGCGUUCCACGGGGAAGGCACGAGUAUGGGUGACCCUCUCAAUGAUCCUUUCUUGAGUGGAUUUUUGUCCCAACCGCAGGCUGCUUGGGAUCCCACUGCCUUUGAACCCAUGUUCACGGGCAAUAAUGAGCAACACCUAUGGGAUUUCAAUUGGGAGGGUGGAGUGGUGGAUUAG